GUGUUUAGUUGCAUUCCAGCAACGUUUGCGCUCAUUUCUCAAAACAGACAAAGUUCUAAAACAAAGAACGCAAACGGUUAAUUCUCGUGUCGGCUAUUACAAGUAUCCUUUUAAGUAUAUCCUGUGCCGUUGCUUUCCGGUUGUCAUCGCCGAUCGUUGAACGCUGAUCUCGCGAUUCAUUCCAAAAAAAAAAAAACAAAAAUAUUUAUUUAGACUUGUGAAUUUAUUCAAAAACUCAGCAGUAUGUCGUCUCGCGUUUUAGAAGACUCACCAAAUGCUCAACUCGAUAAAACCAUUUUGGAGCGUUAUCGCAAUCUACCAUUGAAGGAGAAUAUUGUGCAAGCCACUUAUGUCUGGAUCGAUGGUACCGGUCAAGAUUUGCGUUGUAAGGAUCGUACACUAGAAUUUAUACCGAAUGAUCCUAAAGAAUUGCCCGUUUGGAAUUACGAUGGCAGUUCCUGCUACCAAGCGGAGGGUUCCAACUCGGACACCUACCUCUAUCCGGUCGCCAUUUAUAAGGAUCCCUUCCGACGUGGCAAUAAUAUUUUAGUGAUGUGCGAUACCUAUCGCUUCGACGGUCAACCCACCGCCUCUAACCACCGCAAGACCUGUCAAGAGGUAGUGAAUAAGUGCAAGGACGAAGAGCCCUGGUUCGGCAUUGAACAAGAGUAUACAUUCCUCGAUUUCGAUGGACAUCCAUUGGGUUGGCCCAAAAAUGGUUUCCCCGGACCACAAGGCCCCUACUACUGUGGUGUGGGCGCCAAUAAAGUCUAUGCCCGCGAUGUAGUCGACGCACAUUACCGCGCCUGCCUCUAUGCCGGCAUCAAAGUGUCUGGCACUAAUGCUGAGGUGAUGCCCGCUCAGUGGGAAUAUCAGGUGGGACCCUGUCUCGGCAUUUCAGUUGGUGAUGAUCUGUGGAUGUCACGUUUCCUCUUGCACCGCAUCGCCGAGGAGUUUGGUAUUGUCGCCACAUUGGAUCCCAAACCCAUGCCGGGCGAUUGGAAUGGCGCUGGUGCACACACCAACGUUUCCACCAAGACAAUGCGUGAGGAUGGCGGCAUCAAGGAAAUUCUGAGUGCCGUGGAGAAACUCUCAAAGCAUCACGAGCGUCACAUUCGUGCCUACGAUCCCAAACAGGGACAGGAUAAUGCACGUCGUCUCACCGGUCAGCAUGAGACGAGCUCGAUCAAUGACUUCAGCGCCGGUGUUGCCAAUCGUGGCUGCUCCAUUCGUAUACCGCGUGGUGUGAACGAUGACGGGAAGGGCUACUUCGAAGAUCGUCGCCCGAGCUCCAACUGUGAUCCGUACUCAGUGGUGGAGGCCAUUCUACGUACAAUCUGCUUGGAUGAGUAGGUGGAUGCAAACAAAGAUGGAAAGUGAAAGUACUGGUCUAACUAGCGUGUCUGUAAGACGCAAUGUGUCCAGUUACUGGAAAAGUGAAACGAAACCAAAGGCAGCGAAUAAAAUUUGACAAUAAAAUAUUCAUUUAGUUUUAAGCCACACACCGCCACCAGACACUUUACAAUUGGAAGCGCAAAUGAGAGCAACAAAUUCAAGAAAAUCGCAACAGUUGAGCCAAGGCACAGGUAGUGUUACAUAAGUAUAUUUUAAUUUAAACUUUCAAUUUGUCAUAAGAGAAUUUAGUAAAUAUGCCAACAAACAGAGAUAUGCAGUUAGUUAGAGAAGCGUCUAAUGCUGACUUCAUACUACUGUAUAUCUACCUACAUAUGCACAUCCGAUACAUACACACACACAUACGUAUUUGCCCAAUCUUAUGCGAGUAUAUGCUUGUUAUUGUUACAUAUAUACAUACACAUAUAAUAUAUACAGUUAAUCUAUGCAUUAUCAUUUAUUUACAAUGAAA